AUGAGUGAUGUUUGCGAGCGUCCUAAGGAGAGGAGGCCUUUGCGGCGUAUGAGGUCGAUAUAUCAGGUCCAUUACGGCCUUAAGCCGAGCGGUGACGAGAUGACCGCCAAGCCGUUGCCAAUGCCAACCGACCCGCUGGAGGUGCAGGCCUACUCGCUGCAGGUGGCCGGCCACCAGACAACCAACGGUGCCAAGUAUUUAGGUCUGCUGCAGUGCAGCAACGGCAGGAUCCUGAAGCCCAUCCUCAAGGAGUCGCAGAGGCGCGAGGUGGACUUCUACGAGCACCUGGCCGCAUCCAAACACCCCGACCUGGUGGAGCUGCGCAAGUUCACCCCAGAAUACUUCGGCGUGAAGAAGUUCACGUACAACGGCCACGAGCAGGAGUACAUAAUGCUGGAAGACCUGACCGAGAGGAUGCUGGAGCCUUGCAUAAUGGAUGUUAAGAUUGGCAAGAGAACGUGGGACGAUUCCGCCACCGCCGAGAAGAUAAAGAACGAGGAGAGCAAGUACCGGGCCUGUAAGCAGGAGUUCGGCUUCUGCAUCCCCGGCUACCAGGUGUUCAAGCUGUCGACGGGGAAGCUGCAGAAGUUCAACAAAGACCACGGCAAGAAGCUGCACGGGCACAUGGUCAUUGCCGCGCUGCGCAACUUCCUGAACGCGGCGGGCGGCGGGCUGUGCCGGGCGCUGGUGCUGCAGCAGCUGGCCGCGCUGUGGGCGCUGCAGCGCUGGGCCUCCAGGCCGCGCCCGCUGCGCCUCGUGGCCUCCUCGCUGCUGCUCGUCUACGACGCCGCGCGCCUCAGGGCCUGCUGCCCGCCGAGGGGCGAACGCGCGGCGCUGGAAGCGGGCGGGCCGCGGCCGCUGCGGCGCAAGUCGAUCCACUCGACGCACAACCCCCGCUCGGGGCCGCAGCAGCCGCCGUCGCCCUCCUCCCCCUCGCCGUGGAGCGCAGCGCUGGAGCGGCUCAAGCACAGCCACUCGUUCGAGCACAACUACGAGGACAAGCUGUCCAAGAUCCGCAUGAACUACCGCGCGCAGCUGGACCAGCUGGCCAGCGAGGGGCCCCGCCCCGACCCCUGGGGCUCCGUGCGGCUCAUCGACUUCGCGCACGCCUCCUUCGGCGACGAGGCGCCCCCCACCGUGGACCUCAACUUCAAGCGCGGCCUGGACGGGCUCGUCGCCCUCUUCGAGGCGCUGCUCAAGGAGACCGACGACCAGGUCUUC